AUGAACGAUAAAGCUGUAAAUUGUGUUGGAAAUUAUAAUAAUUUUAAUUCAUCUAAUUGCAUCAAAAGUAAAACAUAUUCUUAUAAACCACGAACCUUGAAAAAGGUUAUACCUUCGAAGAGUUUCAUUCAACGAUGCAGUGGUGACAGAAAAGGAUGUUCCACUGGAACCAUAAGCCAUCUAGACAAAAAAUCUGUUGGUAAACCAAAAGUAACCACAAAGUCUGAUCAGACUUUUAACAAGAAUGCACCAAAAAAGAUUGUGAAACCAGACCUUUGUAAGCAGUGUGGAGAUGUCGAUGAAAAAGUCAAAGGAGGGACAAAGCAAUUAGAGGUAAAUGAAUUGUCUGACCAUUCUAAAACACCCAUCGCAUGUGAUGGUAAUACCAAAUUUCAUAAAAAUACAUCGAAACAUCAAAUGGAAAAGAUAUGUUCAAGGUCAGCAAAUAAUGAAGGAUACAAUCAUACAGUACAACAGUAUUACAAAAAUGAAAAUUUUGCAUUAUCAUCCGAAUCAGUUCAUGUAACUCCAAGUAAAAACAAAAGGAAACCACCAUUAAGCACAAUAAUUGAAUCUUCAGAAGUGUCUAUUUCUGAAGGAAACACUUCAAAAGCUGUGCUAUAUGAAAUAUACCCCGAGUCAAAUGAUGAGGAGGUGGGAUACUUUGACGUAAACAGAUGGGACAAUAUAAAGGAAAUUAAAGAAUUCCGACAGCGAAAUUAUUUUGAAUGUCACUCAGCUAAAUCUAGAAUUAAAGUUAAGGAUGACACUUCAAUUUUAGGUGAACACAAAUGUCUAUACAGAUUCUAUUUGAAUGAUAGGUUAUUCCCCGUCCCAUUGAGUACAGAUUAUCACAAUAAUAUAAGAUGCAUUGAGUGUAAGUUACCAUUAGAAGAGGCAACAAAGAUAAAUAAACCAAAUUCACAAAAUUCUAUUAAUGGGACUGUUCAAGCUAAAAUUAAAUUAAAUGAUAAAGUACAGGAUAUGAUACUUAUGCUGCCAGUAAAAGAACCCUUAAUAAUUAAAGAGAAAAGAAAGGAAAUGCAAAAUAUAGUUGACCCUGAAGUGCUAUAUUUUGGGAUCAUAAAACUAAAUUCUACUGGUGAUUCAGUGUUCAGAAGCACUUGCCCCACAAAUUCGCUUGCAUUAAAAUACCAAAAAGGAUAUAGGGAAUUAGUAAAUAAUGAGGUUUAUAAGUAUGAAUGUGUAAAUGAAGGGGAUGUUAUUAUAAUUUAA